AUGACAAAGAGUGAUGUCGAUCACUUGGACGACGGCUAUCGAUGGCGAAAGUACGGCCAAAAGGCCGUCAAAAACAGCCCCUUUCCUAGGAGCUACUAUCGGUGUACUAGCACACAAUGUGGAGUGAAAAAGAGGGUGGAAAGAUCCUGUGAGGACCCGUCCAUCGUAGUCACCACCUACGAGGGCACACACACACACACCUAUCCCAUCACGCCACGUGGCACCUUCCCGGGAUUCUCCACCUGUGACUCGUCCCGUCUUAUGCCGCCUCAAGUGCUUCAUUAUCGCCUCAAAACACAACAACCCUAUUUUCCAAGCUUCAACAUUAGUAAUAAUAAUAAACCGUUUUCUCCUCCUCCUCCUCCUCCUCAGUUGGUUGGAGAAAGACGGAUUUGCCCCUCGAAUUCGCCUUCUCAGAUGAGAGACAAAGGCCUUCUUCAGGACAUGCUGCCGUCCGAGAUGUUGAAGGAGCCCAAGGAAGAGUAA